AUGUGUGUGUGCGUGCUUGUGUUGGAGCGGCGGCCCGUUUACUGUCCGGUGCCGGGACCGCGACCGGUCUGCCUGCCUGCCGUGCCGCCCGGUCCGUCUGCGGCGGGUGCAGCGUCGGCUCCCGCGGGCCGGCGGGCGGGCGGGUACGUGUGGAGCCUCGGCGGCCGUGUCUGCCCCGUCCGGCAUGCCUGCCCCGUGCGACAACCGCACAGCAAAGUGACAGGGAACGUCAAACACACCGGGGCCGUUCCUGUCUCCAGUCACGGCGCUCGGCAGGCAGGCAGGCGGGCAGGCGGGCAGGGGCUGGCGGGCAGGGGCGGGCGGGUCGCUGUGCAGCCCGCGGGUACGGAGCGAGCGAGGGAGCCCAGCACGGGGCAGGAGCAGAGAAACCAGCUCUCACGGAGGCGCCCCGGGCCCUCGCCGCUGCAGCCGGUUCCCGUCCCGCGUCCCGGUUCAGGGCCGCUGAGCUGUCAGACUCGUAGGGUUCCCGUGCACUUCAGUGCGCCUGCCCGGCCGGUCCCUCUGGGGACAUCUAGUGGCCAAGAGGCGGAACUGCACCUGCCGCGCCGGGACCUCCAGGCUCGCCCGCCCGCCCGCCCGCCCGCCCGCCCGGUCAGUCAGUCAGGCAGGCAGUCAGUGGGCCGGUGGUCAGCGGGCCAGCCGGUCAGCGGCUACGCUUCCCAAGUCGGGGCCGGCUCCUCACAGCUGUGCCCCGGCCUGCCGCCCUCUCUCUCCGCCCGCCGCCCGCCGCCGCCGCCCACAGCCGCCGCAGCUUCUGUCCCCCGGGCGAGCGGGCGAGCUCCCAAUAGACCCGCGUGUGCGUGUGCGAGCGGCGGCCCGCUUACUCACGGGUGCCGGGACCGCGACCCGGUCUGCCCGUCAGUCUGUCUGCCGUGCCGCCCGGGCCGCCCGUGUCGCGGGCGGCGUCUGCUCCCGUGCGGCGAUGCCGUGGCUGCGGCGGCGGCCGUGCCUGCCCCGGCCGGCGUGCCGCCCGCGAGCGAGGAGCCGCACGGCAAAGUGACACGCGUGGGCCGUCCCCGCCUCCCGUCCCGCGUCUGUCCCGGGUCAGGGCCUCCGAGCUGUCAGAUCCGUAGGGUCCCCGUCGACUCCAGCGCGCCUGCGCGGCCGGUCCCUCUGGCGGCAUCUCGUGGCCAGAAGGCGGAACUGCACCCGAUGCCGCCCCGGCCGGCCGCGGGACGUGCCGAUUGGCCGGCCGGGGAGGCUAUGGUAAUCUGUCCGGGGCCCUGCGGCCUCAUGGGAAAGUCACCCUCACGGAAAAGACGGUCGGUGGAAGAGGCCCGGGCCGGCCAGGAGCGCCAGCUGCGGCGGCUGCAGCGGGCUCCGCAUCCCGAGCCGGAGCCCGCCCGGGGCCCCACCGAGCCCGGCUCCCGCCGAGCCUCAGGCCCUCCGGAGCAGAGGGGCCCUCUCUGCCCGGGAGGCCCAGGGCGAGGCGGAGCCGGCGACGGCGGCGGCCCCGGGGGAGACAGCAGCCGCCAGGGCAGCAGGAGCCGCAUCCCGAAGCGGCGCCUGCGAGGCCGCCCCGGCCGCCUCCCGCCCCAAAUCCCGGGCCUCACGGGCAGAGAGGGCCCCUCUGCACCGGAGGCCAAGGGGGGUGAGCGGGAAGGCCGGCGGCGGGCCCCGGGGAGAGAGAGACCCCGCAGGAGCCGGCUACUCCCGAGCCGAGGCCUCCGCGGAGGCCCCUGGCCGUCACCCCUCCCGGGCUUCCCGGCCGCAGAGAGGGCCCUCUGCUCCGGGGAGGCCUGGGAGGGAGUGAUGCUCUCUGUUUACGUGACGUCACGUCCUGGAGACGCCCCGCCCCGUGACCCCUCGACGUCACGUCCGGGCGACCCCCCGACCCCUCGACGUCACGUCCGGGAGGGGCGGCGCUUCCCGGGGUCGAACCGGCCCCCUGACCCUGUGACGUCACAUCCGGGCGACCCCCGACCCCGAGACGGCUCCCGUGCGUGCGGCGGCGCGGCGGCGUCGUCACUUCCUGUUUCCUCCGGUUCCGCUCCGCCGGUGACCCGCCGCGACUUGACCGACCGACCGAGACCUGUGCCCAAGGGCGACAGGCAAGGCAGCUCACAGCGUGAGGACUCUGCUGAGAAAACACCUUCUCUGGGCCGGACAGAGCCUCCCGGUGGCCAAAAGGCGGAACUGCAGCCGCCGGCCAACAGCGCGUCCGUCCCUGUACAGCGUCCCCCGACCGCCCCGCCGGAAACGGCCGGAGCGGGGAACUUUGGUUCCGCCCUCACGGGGGUGCCGCCGACUCUCGG